AAAUGCUGCGUGCACUUUUGAUUGCAGCAUCAUAUUUACACCAUCCACUCGCAACUCACUUAGACUCUCUGGUCAUCUGAAAUGAAGCUGUUCGCCAUCCUCGCCGCCGUCGCGGUGGUCGCCCUCGCCGAGCCGCCGGCGCCUAACCAGAACUCCUACCUGCCACCCAACAGGGACGCUCCGUCGACCAACUACGGUGCCCCCUCGUACGACACCCCUUCGAGCCAGUACGGCGCCCCGUCCGACUCGUACGGCCCUCCCGCCAACAACGGUGGCGGCUACUCGCAGAACUCGCGAAACGGCGCCAACAACAACUUCGCUCCUCCGGCCGCCCGCGUUCAGCUUCGUCUCUUCGGCAACUCCAAGUCCUCCGGCCAGGGUGGCUACCCUGACUCAAAGGCCAACCAGUACAGCCGCCCCUCCACUCCAUCCAACCAAUACGGCGCCCCUGCCGCCUCUGGCAACAAUUUCAGCGCCCGCACCCCUUCCAACCAGUACGGACCCCCUGCCCAAAACUCCGGUUUUUCCCGCGCUUCAACCCCGAACUCUCAGUACGGCACCCCCGCUGCACCCAGGACUCCCUCUGCCCAGUACGGCGCCCCUAGCAGCUUCAACGCCCAGCCUUCAACCCCUUCAUCCACAUACGGCGCCCCCAGCUCACAAUACGGCGCCCCUGCCGUCGAGCUUGGUCGCUCCGCCGAAAGGCAGUCGUCCUUCAACGCCCCCAGCUCCCAGUACGGAGCUCCCAACGCUAACAGCGGCUACGCUUCAAACCCUAGCUCUCAGUAUGGCGCCCCCAGUGGCUUCGAAAACCAGUACCCCAUUGCCGAAGUUCGCGUUCCUUCCGCCAACGAGCAGAGCAGGACGGCCCUUUCUGACUACAGCGCCCCCAGCUCUCAGUACGGCGCCCCUUCUUUCAACUCUGCCCCCUCGACCAAGUACGGAGCCCCUUCGACCAACCAGCUGAGCUCCCAGUCCGCCAAGAACUUUGGCUCUGGCUCAUCUUCCUACAACCCUUCCAACUCCUAUAGCGCUCCCAGCUCCUUUGCAUCCCAAUCCUCCUUCUCUGGAAACUCUGGUGCCUCCAGCCCAUCAACCCAGUACGGAGCUCCUUCCCCCAACGACUACACGCGCGCCUACACCCCGAACACUGAGUACGGCGCCCCUGCUCCCUCUGCCAACUUCGGUGCUCGCACCUCAUCCAUCUCUUCUCAGAACUCCCUCCCUUCAACCCCCUCGUCCCAGUAUGGAGCGCCCAGCUUCAACUCCCGUACUUCAGCCCCGUCCUCCACCUACGGAGCCCCUCGCACCUCGACUCCCUUGUCCACCUACAGCGCCCCCAGCUCAAGGUACGGAGCUCCCACCCCUAGCUCCCAAUACAGAGCCCCAAACGCCGACUUCCAGACCAAGAAUUCGGCCCCUGCUUCCAACUCCCAAUUCAGAGCCUCCGCUCCCAGUUCUCAGUAUGGAGCCCCAACCCCGAGCUCACAGUACGCGGCGCCCACCCCUAGCUCUCAAUACGGAGCCCCUGUUGCUAAAUCUCAAUUCAAAGCCUCUGCUCCUAGCUCGCAAUUUAAGGCUCCUGCCCCCAGUUCGCAAUAUGGAGCCCCUGCUUACAACUCCCAAUCCAGAGCCUCAGCCCCCAGCUCGCAAUACGGAGCUCCCGCUUCAAACUCUCAAUUCAGAGCCCCCACCCCUAGCUCUCAGUAUGGAGCACCUACCCCCAGCACCCAAUAUGGCGCCCCCACUCCUAGCUCCCAAUACGGAGCCCCGGCUGUGGAACUCGGUCGCUCAUCCAACAACAAGCAGAGCUCUUCGUCUUCCCGCACUCCCAGCAGCCAGUACGGAGCCCCCUCAACCCAGUACGGUGCCCCUUCUGCUGAAUAUGGUGCCCCUAAUGGUCAGGGUGUCACCACUGAAGAUCCCCUUGCGGAGCCCGCAAGCUAUGAGUUCAAGUACGACGUGACCGAUGUCAACAGCGGCUCCGACUUUGGCGCCAAGGAGGGUCGUGACGGCGAGACCACUUGGGGCGAGUACCGCGUCCAGCUUCCCGAUGGCCGCACCCAGAUCGUCAAGUACGAGGCCGACCAGAACGGCUACAGGCCCGAGAUCGAGUACCAAGACCCUCCCAACGGAUACGCUGCCGACCGCGCCGCCAGCAACGACGGUCCCUACCCUGCUUCCAGACGCCAGAACGGCUAUUAAUUUUUGUUAAUCAAUCAAAGAUUGUAUUUAUUCCAGUGUUUGCUUGCCUUUGAUCAUUUUGUAAAACGAAUGGCUGUACAUAGUUCAUAUUCAAAUCGUUUUGUAUCGCUUUGUGAAGAUCCAACUGAUUCAUGUAAAUAGGAAAUUUUAUGCGGCAAGUCUCGCAAAUAAACGCAAUUUUAACCCAAAA